UAUCUAUAUAUGUAUAUAUAUGUAUGACCUAAAACCCUUUUUAAAAAUUUCUUGCUUUCUUUCUUCUGAUUAAUUUAUUCUCCUAGUGAUGAUGACGAUUUGAGUUCGAUGCUUCAAUCUUGAGAUUCUUUUAUGUUCUCUGAAUUCUUUUACAAGAGAAAAAGGUUUCUGGUUUGAUUUAAUCUCAACCAAUUGGGGAAAUCAUGGACGAAUCAAGUCAACAGGGACAAGAUCGAAGUUCUUCUGCUUCAAUUCCAACUCUCCCCUUACAUGGUGGUGAUGGUCCUUCGGCUGAUAACCGACUAAAUAAGCGGAAAAAUGAAACAACUGUUUCUUUGAAUCCUUCUGUUGAUGCAGCCAACCAAUCAGAAGCCUGGAAUAUGAGUCGAGCUCAUACCCCUGUGAUCUCAUCAAACACUUACAUUGCUCCAGAACAAACAUACUAUUAUGGAGGUUAUGAUGAUGGAUUGAUUAAUUGGGGAGAAGGUUCGAAUUAUGUUCAUACUAACAAUUUGCAAAUUAUGUCCCCGGCAAUCUACAACGAUAAUUCCUCUCUUCUAUAUCAUCCCGCUUUCACAUGCGACACCCAAAUCGCAUACGCUCAAUUCCCACAAAUCGCAAGUCAACUAUCACCAAUAAUGAUCGAUGGUCAACUCUAUUCACCACAUCAACUCCCAAUUUCUCCAUCAUACUACUCGCAACCAAUUUCACCAACCGAUUAUUAUCUACAAUACCCCGGAAAUAACAAUCUUGGAUUCUACAAAUUCCCUAACGAAAUCACCCAAUGUGAACCCGUAUCAACCCAGUCGACCCCAGUGGGCAUACUUGGCCCAUAUCAUGGUUCUUAUGAAGCGAGCCGGGUCGACAAAAAUAGGGACCGAGUCGACUCGGUUAACUCGGUUAGCUUGAGCGCGACUACAAGUGAUAGGAACCGAGGACCAAGGGCAUUGAAACCGAAGGGAAGAACAACGGAUAAUGUUCAUAGAAGUAUAAAGUAUGGUGUUUGGGCAAGUACCCCACUUGGGAAUCGAAAGCUAGAUGCUGCAUUUAAAGAAGCAAAGGAGUACGCUUCUGGGGUUUUUCUCUUUUUUUCGGUGAAUGCGAGUGGACAGUUUUGUGGGGUUGCUGAGAUGAUUGGAGGUGUGGAUUUUGAGAAAGAUGCGGAUUAUUGGCAGCAGGAUAGAUGGAGUGGGCAGUUUCGGGUUAAAUGGCAUAUUAUUAAAGAUGUCCCAAAUAGUCGAUUUAGACAUAUUCUUCUUGAAAAUAAUGAUAAUAAGCCUGUCACUCAUAGCCGAGACUCACAAGAGGUGAAUCUUGAAGAGGGUAACACAAUGUUGAAAAUCUUUAAAGAACAUGAUGCGGAUACAUCAAUCUUGGAUGAUUUUAAUUUUUACGAUGAACGUGAGAAGUCUUUGCAAGAAAAGAGAACUAAGGAACAAGUUUUUUCUACCAAAAACACCAUUGAUGAUGCUUCAAUAAAUCACCUUUCUGAUAGAGUUGCUAACUCUCUCCAAUUAGAAAAGCACAAUGAGGUUACUAAAUCUUAAACUAACCCUUUUCACUAGUUUGAAGGCCUUUCCUACUUUUAUUUUGACUUUUGUCAAAACCUUUUGGUUCUUCAACCCUUUGUUAUAUUUCUAGCGGUAGGAGGUGGUGGUGGUUGUGAUUAGAGGUGGUUGAAGCCAAUUCCAUUGUAAUUUGAGUAGUUAUGACAGGGUGGUUGUUGAGUUGCUACCCAAACAAGUGUAACAUUAUCGGUUAAAGGAAACGAUCAAAAUGGU